GGGGCAUCGAGCCGUCUAUCGACCUCACAGUCGCAAUUGCACCUGCAGCCGCAUCCCCUCGAUCUUCAGCUCCUCGUUUUAGGCGCUAAUAAAUCAUCGCCAUCCCUUAUUCCAGCGAGAGCGACGUAAAACAACCUUCGUUUCUUUCCCAUUCCAUCUCAACCCACUCCAUCCGCCGUCGCCUAUUGUCUGCACUCUGCCUACCGUGUUUCGGAAUCGGAAUCUGAUUGUUUCACCAUCCUUUGCCGGUCGAUCAUUUCGAAUCCUAUUCCUACACCAUGUCUGAUCUACAAUUGCAAGGACGGAAGAUCUUUAAGGUUUUCAACCAGGACUUUAUCGUGGAUGAUCGCUACACCGUGACCAAGGAGCUCGGCCAGGGAGCUUACGGUAUUGUUUGUGCUGCCACGAAUGCCCAAACGGGUGAGGGCGUCGCCGUCAAGAAAGUCACCAAUGUCUUCAGCAAAAAGAUCUUGGCCAAGCGCGCCUUGAGAGAAAUAAAACUGCUUCAGCAUUUCAGAGGUCACCGCAAUAUUACCUGCCUCUAUGAUAUGGAUAUCCCCCGACCGGAGAACUUCAAUGAAACAUAUCUGUACGAAGAACUCAUGGAGUGUGAUUUGGCCGCCAUUAUUCGCUCUGGACAGCCUCUGACCGAUGCUCACUACCAAUCCUUUAUCUACCAGAUCCUUUGUGGUCUGAAGUAUAUUCACUCCGCCAAUGUCCUUCAUAGAGAUCUGAAGCCCGGAAACUUGCUGGUCAAUGCGGACUGUGAGCUUAAGAUUUGUGAUUUCGGUCUAGCUCGUGGGUUCUCAAUCGACCCCGAGGAGAAUGCGGGAUACAUGACCGAAUAUGUUGCGACGAGAUGGUACCGUGCUCCGGAGAUUAUGCUUAGCUUCCAGAGCUACACGAAAGCUAUUGACGUCUGGUCCGUGGGUUGUAUUCUGGCGGAACUGUUGGGUGGCCGUCCUUUCUUCAAGGGUCGCGACUACGUUGAUCAGCUCAACCAGAUCUUGCACUACCUGGGUACUCCGAAUGAGGAUACUCUGAGCCGCAUUGGCUCACCACGGGCCCAGGACUAUGUGCGUAACUUGCCAUUCAUGCCCAAGGUUCCCUUCCAGCGGCUGUUCCCCAACGCCAACCCCGAUGCUCUUGACCUGCUCGACCGCAUGCUUACCUUCGACCCCUCGUCGCGUGUCUCGGUGGAAGAGGCCUUGGAACAUCCUUACCUCAGCAUCUGGCACGAUGCAUCGGACGAGCCCAGCUGCCCUACCACCUUCGAUUUCCACUUCGAGGUUGUAGAGGACGUGCAGGAAAUGCGCCGCAUGAUCUACGAGGAAGUGGUUCGAUUCCGCCAAGAAGUCCGCAUACCACAAGGACAGAGCCUAGCCCAACAGCAGCAGAUGGCCCAACAGGCCAACAUCCCCAUUCCCGAUCACCAACAGGGUGUGUGGCGGCAAGAAGAGCCUAGGCCUCAAGAAGCAGGCGCCGCGGGCGGCACACUCAACGAUCUGGAAUCGUCCCUGCAGCGGGGAAUGGAUGCGUAAUUAGUGUCUGUGGUGGUGCACCGUAUUUAUUUCAAACCUAGAGGAUCGCAGGGACGGUUUCCUAGAGCAAACACAUUGCACAAACAAACAUAUAUAGUUGCAUGAGCAGCGUACAGGUAUACGAGUUUCGACCUUGGCUGGUUUCGUGGAAUACAAAUGUCGAGUUUCUUUUUGUGAUGCUUAUUUAUAUACUCGUGA